AUGAACGGCGACCUCAGCCUCUCCCAGGCGCUGGGCGGCCUGCGAAUCGCCAAUCCCGACGAUUCCCCUAACCGUUCGCAGGAGGCUCUGGUUACCACAGACGAUUCCGCUGCGACCCAGUCGAACACUGCUGCUGCUCCUAAUAUCCAAGGGGGCACUAUUCCGACUGCUCAAUCCGACUCACAAUCAGUAGCUCCUCACGAACCCGCCACGCAACAACAACAACAACAACAACAACAACAACAGCAACAACAACAUCAACAACAACAACAGCAUCAGCAUCAGCAACAGACAUAUUCAGCGACUAAUGAGUCUGCGGCAGCUCUUCUCAGAAAUGCGCAGAGCAACCUAAACACCUCGACUCAGGGGUAUGCGGGUCCUUCUCCUGAGCCUAGCCCCGGUCUCCAGCGGUACCGGUCGUACCGGGCUGGCCGGACCCAGGCCCCGGAGUCGGGGGUACCUCCUUCUGGACCCGGCCAUCCGGGACAAUACUACGAUCAACAGCAAGGAGGUUACUAUGGCGGGCCCAGACCCGAUCAUACCCGCACCUCGAUGUACGGCAUGCGACCCGACCCACGCGCUGACGAACACUAUGCGUCCCGAGUCCCGCAAAGAGAGCCCAGCCGAUCCUAUCACUCUGGAAGACCGUGGCAAGAGCAGCAAGGACCCACUGACGGCACCAUUCCGGCGCGCCGGAGCUCAAGAGGAGUUGGUACAGGAGGGAGCGCGGAGGGCGCCGGCUAUCCUACCAUCGCGGGAAUCCCCAUGGCUCCUCCUACCUUCCAGGAUCCGCCGUUUGUUAGCAACAGCAGUGAGGAGUGGAAGGACAAGGGCGCUGCCGUCGCCAUUAAGAAAGAGGUGGAUGCCGAGGGUCGGACGAUCAUCCGCCAUAUCAAGAAGGGUGUCCGUGACUUUUCCUUUGGUCGCAUUUUGGGCGAGGGCUCGUACAGUACGGUCUAUCUUGCCACGGAUAGGCAGACGCUGCGCGAGCAUGCCAUCAAGGUUCUCGAUAAGAGGCACAUCAUCAAGGAGCAGAAGGUUAAAUACGUCAACAUCGAGAAGAACACGCUCAACCGGCUGACCGAGCAUCCGGGCAUCGUCCGGCUGUACUACACCUUCCAGGAUGAGUCGUCGCUGUAUUUCGUCCUGGACCUCUGCAAUGGCGGCGAGCUGCUGAGCGUGCUGAAGAAGACGGGGACGUUCGAUGUGGAGUGCACGCGGUUCUACGGCGCGCAGAUCCUGGAUGCCAUCGAGUAUAUGCAUUCCCGAGGAGUCAUCCAUCGCGACCUCAAGCCGGAGAACGUGCUCCUGGACGACCAGAUGCAUGUCAAGAUUACGGAUUUUGGCACGGCUAAGUUGCUCCCGGACCCCCGCGAACAACGCAACGACGACCCCUCCAGACAGUCUAACGGCUCGCGAGAGUCGGAGCGCAAUGCCUCGUUUGUCGGCACAGCUGAAUAUGUGAGCCCCGAGUUGCUCAUGAACAAGGAGGCGGGCAAGCCUUGCGACCUGUGGGCAUUCGGGUGCAUCAUCUACCAGCUCCUUGCCGGCCGGCCGCCUUUUAAGGGUGCGACCGAAUACCUUACAUUCCAGAAGAUCGUAAAGCUGGAAUACGAGUUCCCCGCUGGGUUCCCGCCAGCCGCGCGCGACCUCGUUGAGCGGUGCCUGGUGCUCGACCCAAACCAGCGGCUGACGAUCGAGCACAUCAAGAACCAUGAAUUCUUUGAAGGCCAGACUUUCGGUAGGGAGCUGUGGCGCAUGAAGGCGCCCCGGCUGCGGCCCUACAUCCCCCCUCCCCAGGAACCUCACAUUAUCCAGCUUAAUGGAACAGGAGGUAGCCAGAGCAAACCGGUCACCCCGAACAGCACGCGCGGACCACAGACGCAGACCGUGAUGAGCCAAUCGAACGGUUCGAGACCUGCCCGGAUCAUUACGGAGCUGCCCCCGCCGACGCAGCUCGACAUCGAGUGGUCUCCCGUCCUUACGCGGGCCAAUGAGCGCAUCCUCAAGCUGGGAGAUCUUAUGGUGAUUUCCUCGCCGAUACCGAACAGCUCUCACGGACGCGACGGCGAAGGAGGCCACAAGAAGUUGUCGCGCUUCUUUGGCGGCAGCACAACCAAGAAGCGGCAACGCCUGGUGAUGGUCACAUCUAGCGGGCGCAUCAUCCUGUGUCCGGCCGGCGGCGAAGAGAAGAGGGCAAAGCAGGAGAUCUCGCUGCUGGGUGCGGACUGCGUGUGGAGGACGCAGAUCGAUGCUAAGGGCCAGCCGGUGUGGUGUGUCGACACGAACGGCGUGCACUACACCUUUGAGGAGCCGAAAGGUGCCCAUGCAACCAACAACAACAAUUCCAACAACGCCGACGGCUCCAAGUUCUCCGUCGAUGAGUGGAUCGACGCGCUCGAGCGCUCCAAGGAACUUGCCAUCUCCCAGAAUGUCGCAGCCAGCGUCGCCGAGAACGGCUUCGGCGACAUGUCCUCGUCCAUGUCCAGUCCCGCAAGCACGAUGCAUGGGGUCGGCUCCUCUGGGGCACCGACUUUCUCGGCUGAUGCGGCUGGUACGGGGUACACGAUCAGUGAUCGGGCCGGGAGAAACCAGUUGAGUAAGAGCCAGGCCAGUCUGGAGGACAGCUCGAGUAUCAAUGUGAAGAGGAACCGGUUUAGUAAGCGGCAAAGUAAGAAUGGGUUGGGGGCGGCAUUUUGA